UACACCAGGAAACCUGGGUUGGUUGAACAAAAUGGCAACGUAUGGUGACGAACCAGUCGGCAGCUAUUUCUACUCAUCUUACAACCCCUACACGGGCAGAUAUGCCAGGCCUAAGGACACACGGUGGAAAUAUGAAAGUUACCUCUCACACUAUGGGGACACCUCUGACGCCUUCAACAACCAGCAGCGCGCCCAGCUGAAGUCCAUCUUGUCUCAAAUUAAUCCCAAACUCACCCCGAGGCUCCGGAAAGCAAACACCAAGGAUGUGGCGGUGCAGGUCAACCCGAGGAGAGACGCCUCGGUGCAGUGCUCAAUCGGCCCGCGGACACUCCUGGCCAUGAAGCGGGACUUCCGUCGCAAGAGGAGGACGCCCGGCGGCGGUGGCAGCCCCAGUGGGGCGGGCUAUGUGCGGUACCCCCGCACUCUCGCUGUAUAUUCACCUAUCGCCUACCGAAGUGUUACCUCCUUCCUGGUCGAUGACAACAACAACGAGUCCUGUUGUGGGGAGGCGCAGACCGGAGAGCCACCCUGUGAAGCGACCGAGACCGCGGAGAAAAGCGACGGGAAGAAGAGCGAAGCAAACCAGGCAGGUGAAGAUGAGAAGACCGCAAAGCUUCCGGAGCAGCAGAAAAAGACCAAAUCCAAGCAGGUGAAAAGUGGAAGUGCGCAGCCAACUCCUGAGGGGUCGGAGAGCAGGGCGCAGCGUGUGCGCUUUCAGUUCCUGGAACAGAAGUAUGGCUACUAUCACUGCAGAGAGUGCAACCUGCGUUGGGAGAGUGCCUAUGUGUGGUGUGUUCAGGGCACCAACAAGGUUUACUUCAAACAGUACUGUAGGAAAUGCAUGAAGGACUUCAACCCGUACCGUGUUGAGGACAUCACAUGCCAUAACUGCAAUAAAGCACGUUGUUCUUGUGCAACAACACAACGCCACGUUGACCCCAAGCGGCCCCACAGACAGGACUUGUGCGGCAGAUGCAAAGGCAAGCGGCUCUCCUGCGACAGCACUUUCAGCUUCAAAUACAUCAUCUGAGUAUCCAGCUGAACGUCUCAGCAGCCCUGUGUGGGCAUGUCUUCGCCCAGUGCCAUAACUGGCAGAUGCAAAUUAUGUAUUUGAUGUUUCAGAACUUUAUUUCAUGCCUGUUUUGUUGAAAUUGAUGGCAAGCACCACACUUUACAAUGUAAUAAAUGGGAUACCUUGCA